AUGGGCGCUUUGCUUCUACCUGGUCUUGUAUUCAUCCCCUCUGAUCUGGCUCUUGUUGGCUAUUACCUUGCCAACAAAAACAAUGAAGAGCUACAUGAUUUCAAUGGCUCAUACAUCAUCAAAGAAAUGAACUUGUAUGAGUUUGACCCCUUUGAAUCACCUCAUGCAUCAUCCUUUCAAUUCAACAAUCGAAGGCACUGGUACUAUUUUAUUUCAAAAAUUGACGAAGAGAGGAGGCAUUGUAAGACUGGUUUCUGGAAGAAGAAGGGAAAUGUUUGUGAAAUUACUAAUGGUGGUAACACACUUUUGGGAAUGAAAGCUCUUUUUGUUUUUUAUCUCGGAAAAUCUCCAAACGAUGCUGAAAGAACUAACUGGACUAUGUAUGAGUAUACCUUGGCGGAUAAACCUCAUGCUCCUUUUGUUGUUUGUCGUAUUUUUGAAUGCCCUCCAGAGAUUGAUGUGGAUUAUGAGUUCGGGCCUAUAUCUGAUGUUGAUGAAACUGAUAUUGAUGAGGCUGAUAUCGAUGAAAGUGAUGUUUAG